AUGGUCAAUCGUGGAGGUCGCAGCAAAGCGUGUAGAACUUGCAAGCGAAGACGCGUAAAAUGCGAUCAAAGCUACGUUACGUACGGCGAGUUUGUUGAUGAGACGACGCGAUUCACGAAGGAUAAACCGCCUGCAAAGGACAAUCAGCUGCAGGUUCGAUUGGUCAGUCCCUCUUCUUCUAAGGCCACUGAAAGACAGAUCUGGCGUCCGCCGCCACUGUUACUGGAUCAAGAUGCCGUAAUUCAUGCUCACCUGCUAUCGCGGAUCGACGAAGUUACGCCCUUAAUGGCCAAUCUCGAAUCCAUCACAAUGCCAGAUUCUACGCGAAGUCUUGCAGUGCGAGCAUUAGCGGCAGUCUACUUUGGCAAAACAAACCGUGAUAAACGAAUCUUUGAGCUCGGAAGUAGAGAAUAUGUGAAGGCUUUGAACAGAGUGCAGCUUGAUCUGGCGUGUUCGACUGCUGUCCUGGAAUGGGACACGCUUGCGAGUGUAAUUUGUUUGUGCAUGUUUGAGAACAUCGUCUUUACUGAUAAGACGGGAUGGCUGAAGCACUACGAGGGAAUAACUCAGUUGGUCAAGCUGAGAGGACCUUGGAGACACCAAACAGUCCUGGAAAGGGAACUGCUCAGACAGUGCCGAUUCGAGAUACAUUGCUAUCUCACACUUCCAGAGUGGCAGACCAUCCCCUGGCCGUCGACCGUACCCAAGACAGCUAGUGAUGCCUUACACGACAUCUUUGCCCGCGUUCCCGGCCAGUUGCAUGACAUGGAUCUGGUAGAAAGAGGUGAAGGUGACAACAAGUUCUUUGAGGAACUUCGACAGCGAGUCGAGACUACAUUAUCGGAUCUCGAAGACUGGGAGCAGUUCUAUCAACACCCUCGGCCUCUCACUGGCUCACCUCUCGCUUCAACACAAGACAGCACUUCGCAUCCGGUUAGACACAAAGCACUUCUUGCAUUGCAAAGAGCGAUCAUUCUCUGCAUGACAGGCCUCUGUACCUUCUUUAACAUUCCUCUCGUGGCCGAAAUUCCAGCUAUUCUCGAAUAUCGAAAAGUAGUUAGGAAAGCUCUUGCAACUGAGAUAUGCCAACUGGCGACAUCGUAUCUUGGACAUGAGUCUCAUAGCACUGAGUCCUUAUUAUUCAUAUUCCCGCUCCAAAUAGCAAGUAUGAACUUCGAAAAGGGCAGCGCAGAGGAGAAGGGGGCUGAGGAAAUCAUGAAUGGGGUCAUUGCUGGGACGUAUGGGUUUGAGAUCGGGAGAAGACGAGAAUGGAAGACAUCGAGCGUAAUUCUAAUCAAAUAA